ACGCAGAUAUUUAGAUAUUUCUGAAAGUCCCGCCACACUCCAACUACCUGACUGCAACAGGAUAAACAGCUCCAUCACGGGGUAAGCAAUCGUGCUCCGGGCCAAGUCCCGGAGAUGGAGGAGGGCUCGCCUGGCCGGCCGCCUGCGAACGGUCAACUUGCUGUCUGCAGACUCGCUGCUGCGAAAUGCGGGCCCAGCCUCCACCCGGUACCUACUGCGCCAAGUCUCCAAUGGGAAUCCGGACUAGCUCGGAACAAAUGGGAUUACGAUUAGGGAUGUGGUGCUGGAAAGAUGACACCAAAACUCUUGAAUACAGAAGCUUUGUACCUACAAUGGAGUAUAAAGAAAAAGGAAAGAAAGGCAAAGCAGUUCACUUUGCUGAAAGUGAUGGCACAGCUUCUGACAGGUUUACUGAUAAGAGAAUUGGUUUUCGAGAAGAUAAGUCUAAAACCUCAGAGAAGCGAAGUCAGCAAGGCACUGUCACCCUCCAUGAUGCUAAAUUUGUUGCUUUACUUUUCCUACAAGACACGGAAAUGCAGCGGAUUUGUUCUUUCACAACUUUUAUGAGGAAUAAAUAUCUUGACAAUUUUCUCAUGGCAUUAUUGUACUAUUUAGCUCACUUCUUGGAAAAAAUCUCACUGGAAAAGAAGCCCAAGAGCUAUAUGGUGGGUCUGGUGGAGAAGAAAGAGAUGGAAAUGGUUAUAAGUAAGUUAGAAGCAGCCCAGGUAUACUUGGCACAGAGGUACUGUUCCCUUGUUCUUGGCUUGGGCAUGCCUGAUAAACAUCACAUGAACUGUGGCAAAGAGAAAGUAUCAGAUACACAAAAAGACUGGAAAUUCUUUGAGGCCUUUUUUACUUUCUGUACAUAUGUUGCUUGGAUUGUCUUCCGACGUCAAAACCUCACAGAGAUUGAAGAAGAAAUUGGGAGGCUAUUUCGUACUGAUAUGUUCAACAUUCCCCGAAGGAAACGUGAGGAUGAAGAAUCAGGAGGGCAGAAGAAACGCAUGACUUUUGUAGAGUUCAGGAGAAUGAUGACAAAACGACCAGCAAUUAAGAAAGCCACUGAUCUGCGUUCUCCAGUCAUGUCUACACUGCUGCCAUCCCUCCGACAGAAAGCUCAGAAUGUUGAGAAGAAUUACCAUUUAACCACAGGACACAAAAAAGCCUGGUGGAAGCGUGUGAAUAACCUAAAUUCUGUGCCCAUGCCAAUAGUUGGCAUCUUGGGAGAGCCCCGGAGACUGUUCAAUCCCCACACCCUUCUACCUCUUGAGCCUGAAGAGAAGAUAAAACCAGCUGGGAAAAAUUAUUACUUGAUAGAGAGAAACAACCUAGAGGUUCAGGAUACACUGGACCUAGUCAUGAAAACACUGCGCCCCCAAGCUUCAUUCCCUAGAUAAUCUGGUACUCUACAUUGCUGCAGUUCAGUCCCUGGAUUUGAAGUAAACUACC